GAGCAGCAUCUCUAUCUUUCUUUGCAGACCACGCUUGCUAAACAGCGAGGGGAGCCUCAUGCUUUCCUAAUAUCCAUCACUCCCUGCUUCCAGCGUGGUCGCAGACAGAGCAACAAAGAGGGUCUCAGAGCAAAGCGUUCAUGUCAUGGUGACCCGACUGAGUUGUUCAGUUGCGCACAGUGCUGACUCAGGAGCCUUAAGUGUGCUCACCAAUUUGCUAAGCAGCAGACUCUUCUAAAUGAAACAAAAAGAAACCUCCACAAAGACAUAAUCACUGGCAGUUACCACAGGUGUGAGGUAUUCAGCACUGCAAUCAGGAUAUGAAACUUCAGGAGUCAUUUACUGGAAGUCACUGAGGAGCACAUGCUUUCAGUACGAUGGGAAAUUCUUAUGCUGGUCAUUUCAAGACAACACGGUUUGAAGAAGUGUUGCAUAAUUCUAUUGAGGCCUCUCUCCGUUCAAACAACUUAGUUCCCAGGCCAAUCUUUUCUCAGUUGUAUUUGGAAGCUGAACAGCAACUAUCAUCACUGGAAGCUGGCAGCAGAGCAGAAAAUGAGGACGAAGAAGAAGAAGAGGAGGAGGAGGAAGGCUCAGAAUCAAGUAGUCCUCCUGUUUCGUACCAGAUGAAGCCUCCCCCAGAAGGAUGUUGCACUACUGAUGGUUUCUGCCAGGCUGGUAAAGAUUUGAGACUGGUUUCAAUUUCCAAUGAUCAUAUUGAGGUGCCAUCGGGAUUUUUACUUGUUGGUGCAAAGUCACCAAAUUUACCUGAUCACCUGUUAGUGUGUGCCGUGGAUAAAAGAUUCCUGCCAGAUGAUAAUGGACGCAAUGCCCUGUUAGGCUUCUCUGGCAAUUGUGUUGGCUGUGGCAAGAAGGGUUUCUGCUACUUUACAGAAUUCUCAAAUCACAUUAAUCUUAAACUGACUACUCAGCCCAAGAAACAGAAACACUUGAAGUAUUAUCUGGUCAGGAAUGCACAGGGAGCUCUGACCAAAGGAUCUGUAAUCUGCUGGAAAGGGGCAGAGUUCAGAGGCCGUCAGUCUUCAACCAGUACCUGCUCAAGCACCUUGUUCCAACUGCCAGAGAGUUCGGGCCUCUCAGGAAGCACCUCCAGUGAGCCGCUCCCAGCUGCAAAUCCCAGUGCUCCGGCUGGGACUCAGCAAACAGCUGCAGCCACAGAUCCCAUCCCUUCAACAGCUGCAUUCAGCUCAGCAGUUUAUAAUGGCAAGGAGUCACCUAAACAACAAUUGAUGAAAAAUAACCUGUCUGCUCUGACAAGACCUUCGGUGUUAGGCACAUUAACAAAUUCAGGCCCUCCAAAAAAGCGCCAUAAAGGUUGGUCACCAGAAUCUCCAUCGUCCACUGAAACUUGGAACUUGCAGCUCAAUCCACAGGCUCCAAACAGAAUUAAAAAUGAUGGAGGAAGCCUGUCAUCUGUACCACAUUCUGCUUUGGUGGGACCAGCCUCCUCUCCAAUGGUAGGCUCAGGAGAACCAGUCUCAGUUCCGGACAACUUGCUGAAAAUCUGUAAAGCAAAACCAGUUAUUUUUAAAGGUCAUGGAAACUUCCCAUAUCUUUGCGGGAACAUUAAUGAUGUGAUAGUGAGUCCUUUGUUGUACACCUGUUACAGAAAUUCACAGUCUUUAUCUAGAGCAUAUGAACAAUACGGUGCAUCUACAAUACAGCCUAUUUCUGAGGAAAUGCAGCUCUUACUGACUGUUUACUACCUUGUUCAACUAGCUGCAGACCAGGUCCCUUUGAUUGAGGAUUUGGAGCAAAUAUUCAUGCGUUCCUGGCGGGAAUCACACCUGUCUGAAAUCCGUCAGUACCAGCAGGCUGUUCCCCAGGCCUUUCCCCACGUGCCCAGCCAGAUCACCCCGGUGACUUCAGCCCAGCUGCCCUGGCUGGCGGGGCUGGCAGCCAGCUCCUGUAAUGACAGUGUCCAUAUCAUUGAGUGCAGCUACUCCCUGGCAGAAGGGCUUUCAGAAAUGUUUAAGCUACUCAUUGAAGGAAAAUUAGUAAAGACAAACUAUGUGGUGAUCAUAUGUGCCAGUAGAAACCGAGCCAUUGAUUCCUGCAUUGUGAUAACAGGAAAGUAUCAGGCAAGAGUUCUGUCUGAGAGCAUGCUCAGUCCUUCAGACUACCAAAAAGAAGUUAACUAUCAGCUGGUCACAGGGAAGGUGGAAACUCUGGGGUCCUUCUUUAGCACACUCUGCCCAGAGGGUGACAUUGAUCUUUUGCUGGAGAAAUUUUAUCAAGAAAACCAAGGACACAUCUCUUCAUCACUUUCUGCUUCAGUGAAUAAACCAACAGCAGUGAACGGAACUGGAACAGCUGUGUGUACAAGUUACGAGAUUGAACGACACCAAAUUCGUCCAUUCCAGCUAGCGGUGGCUCAGAAAUUGCUGUCUCAUAUUUGCUCAAUUGCUGACUCCAGCACUCAAAAUCUUGAUUUGGGUUCCUUCGAGAAAAUUGAUUUCUUGAUUUGUGUUCCACCCUCCGAAGUGACUUAUCAACAGACUUUGUUUCAUCUCUGGCACUCAGGUAUUUUAUUAGAACUUGGAUUAGAAAAGGAACAUCUUACAAAGCAGAGAGUGGAACAGUAUGUUAUGAAACUAGAUGCAGAAGCCCAAAUUAAAUUCAAAGUCUUUUUACAGAACUCUAUGCAGAAUCCACACACACUGUUUGUCCUAAUCCAUGAUCAUGCACACUGGGAUCUAAUGAGUGCCAUGCAUAGUCUUUAUCCUCAAACAGAGCUGUCGACAGGACUUGUUGAUAGAUUGUUGAACUGCAGGGAGGUGAAAGAGGCACCCAAUAUUGUGACCCUCCAUGUGACUUCCUUCCCCUAUGCACUGCAGACACAGCAUACUCAUAUCAGCCCUUACAAUGAGAUCCACUGGCCUUCUUCAUACAGCAAUGGUGUAGAUUUAUACCAUGAAAACAAGAAAUACUUUGGACUGUCAGAAUUCAUUGAAUCCACCCUCUCUGGCCAUAGUAUUCCACUGCUUCGGUACGACAGCUCUUUUGAAGCAAUGGUCAUGGCUUUGGGAAAGAGGUUCCCCAGAUUACACAGUGCAGUGAUAAGGACUUUUGUCCUCAUCCAACACUACUCUGCAGCUAUGAUGGCAGUGUGUGGUCUUUCUCAGAUGAAGAACUACACCUCAGUUGAAACUCUGGAAAUUACCCAAAAUCUAAUAAACUCUUCAAGACAAUGUCCUAGUGGCCAUGGCCUCAUGGUAGUGUUGAGAAUUCCAUGUAUCCCGCUGGCUGCAGUGGCAUAUGAGCGUCUGUAUAAUGUAAGGGAAAGACUAGCCCUUGAAGAUAACUUUGAAAUAAUCUUGGGAAAUCCUAAUUCCGGGAUCACAAUUGGGAAGCACUUUGUGGAGCAACUAAAGAUCUGGCAGAAAAUUGAAGAUGUAGAUUGGAGGCCACAGACCUAUUUGGAAUUGGAAGGUUUGCCUUGCAUAUUAAUAUUUAGUGGGAUGGAUCCACAAGGGGAGUCUUUGCCACGAUCACUGAGAUACUGUGACCUACGUUUAAUAAAUUCAUCUUCUUUGGUAAGGACAACCCUGGAGCAGGAACUUGGUUUGGCAGCAUACUUUGUGAGCUCAGAAAUUCACACAGAGAAAGCAGUUGUGAAUGAUGUGUUAGAAAGUGACCCAGAGAAACUAAGCAGUACUGACAAUGAAGAUGAAGAAAUAGCGACAGAAGGUUCUACUUCAGAAAAGAGAAGUCCUAUGAAAAGAGAAAGAUCAUGUUCCCAUGACUCUGCAUCUUCAUCUCUCUCUUCAAAAGCUUCCAUUACAGCAUUCUGCACUGAGUCAUCUUCUCCCCAGGCCCUAAGCAACAGCACGGAAGAAACUACAAACAACUAUGAAAGGCAGAAGCAGAAGGUAGACAAGGGGGCACAAACAACAAUCAGCAAACACUUGCCACCAGUAACUGAACAGAUGGAUAUGAAACAAAACAUAAAAAGUGCCCAAGUCUCCAUCACUUCAUCAUCCUCCUCACCUUUCUCCUCCUCUUCUUCCUCCUCUGCACCUACUCAUAACUCCUUCAUCCUACAGACUUCUCAAUGCUCCAUGACCAAAGCAUCAAAACAGCCUCCCAUAGUUUUCCUGCCCAAACUGGUUUAUGACAUUAUUACUUCUACAGACAGCAGUGGACUUCCCAAAUCCUCUUCCCUCUUGCCUUACCAUUCUGUCAUGUGGGCAAGUUCUUUUCGUCCUCUUAUGAGUAAGAUGAUGACGUGCACAGAGCAGUCUCUAUACUACCGCCAGUGGACAGUUCCCAAGCCAAUCCAUAUGGACUACAACAACAAAAAUGAGGGCAGAAUGGACACCUUUCACCCAAGGAGGCUGCUGCUCAGUGGGCCACCACAGAUAGGGAAAACAGGUGCCUAUCUGCAGUUCCUCAGUAUUUUGUCCCGAAUGCUGAUUAGACUGACAGAAGUGGAUGUUUAUGAUGAGGAAGAAAUCAACAUUAACAUAAAAGAAGAAUCUGAUCAAUACUACCAUCAGCCUGGAGAUAUGUGGCCAGAUUUGGAGAUAUUUAAGAAGAUGCCUUUUGACUACACUAUCCAUGAUCCAAAAUACGAAGAUGCAAGUCUGAUUUGUUCAAAGCUUCAGACCAUAAACAAUGAAGACAGAUCAAUGAGCAGGAGACAGGAAGAUAUGUACACGUGCCACCAGACAACUAGGAUGAGAUUGUCCAAAUAUGCAGCAUAUAACACCUACCAUCACUGUGAACAGUGUCAUCAGUAUAUGGGUUUCAAUCCCAGGUACCAGAUUUAUGAGUCCACCCUGCAUGCAUUUGCCUUUUCCUAUUCUAUGCUGGGAGAAGAGAUCCAGCUGCAUUUUAUCAUUCCAAAAUCAAAGGAGCAUCAUUUUGUCUUUAGCCAACCAGGAAGACAAUUGGAAAGCAUGAGGCUACCACUUGUCACAGAUAAGAGUGAAGAUUACAUAAAAAGCCCCACUUUUACUCCCACCACUGGUCGUCAUGAACAUGGGCUUUUCAAUUUAUAUCAUGCAAUGGAUGGAGCCAGUCAUUUGCAUGUUUUAGUUGUCAAGGAGUAUGAAAUGGCCAUAUAUAAGAAGUAUUGGCCCAACCACAUCAUGCUUGUUCUUCCAAGCAUUUUCAACAGUGCUGGAGUAGGUGCUGCACACUUCCUGAUAAAAGAGUUGUCUUAUCAUAACCUGGAGCUUGAACGGAAUCGGCAGGAAGAGCUGGGGAUAAAACCCCAGGAUAUUUGGCCUUUCAUUGUCAUUUCGGAUGACUCCUGUGUUAUGUGGAAUGCAGUAGAAGUUGAUUGUUCAGGAGACAGGAAAAGUGACUAUACAUGGACUGAAAGGAAUGUUUCCCUGAAGCAAAUUCUGCAACAUAUUGAAGCAACUCCCAAUGUCACUCAUUAUGCCCUAAUUGGGAUGAGGAAAUGGUCCAGUAAAACAAACAGUGCUGAGAUCAAGGAACCAUUCUCCUGCUGCCAUGUGCAUGACUUCAUUAUGCUGAAUGUGGAUCUGACACAGAAUGUACAGUACAAUCAGAACAGAUUUACAUGUGAUGAUGUUGACUUCAACUUGCGUGUCCACAGUGCUGGCCUUCUCAUCUGUCGGUUCAACCACUUCAAUGUCAUGAAAAAGCAAAUUGCACUAGGAGGACAACGAUCCUUCCACAUAAAGUCUAAGGUAUCUGACACUCCGGUUUCAAUCUCCCCUGCUCAGUACAUUUGUGCUCCUGACAGCAAGCACACCUUCCUGGCAGCACCUGCUCAGUUGCUCCUUGAAAAGUAUCUGCAGUAUCACAGCCAUCGCUUCUUCCCUCUCUCACUGAAGAAUUACAGCCAUCCAGUGCUAUCUGUGGACUCUUACCUUAACUUAGGACCACAGAUUGCAGUUUGCUAUGUGAGUUCUCGGCCUCAUUCUCUGAAUAUCAGUCCCUCUGGUUUGACAUUCGGUGGUCUCCUGCUGUACCUCUGUGACUCCUUUGUUGUAGCUAGCUUUUUGAAGAAGUUUCAUUUUCUUAAAGGUGCCACCCUGUGUGUGAUUUGCCAGGAUCGCAAUUCUCUCCGCCAAACUGUUGUCCGGCUGGAGCUGGAAGACGAAUGGCAGUUCCGGCUGCGGGAUGAAUUCCAGACUGCCAAUUCCAAAGAGGACAGACCACUUUUCUUCCUGACUGGACGACAUAUUUAAUUGAAAAGAGACACAUUUCCUGAAUGACACAAGGCACGAAUUGCCACUAUCUCAUGAAAUUACUUUUGAGAGGUUUUGCUUUCUGAACAGAAACAGGACUGUUUUCUGCUGUUUAUUAGAAUGAUAUCUAAUCAGGCAGUUUAACAUCAUAUCUACAUUGAAGUGACUUUUCUAAUUUAAUGUUCUGAUGGAAGUCAUCCCUAAUUCCUGAUAGAGACACAGAGGGUGGAAAGCAUUUUGUGUCAGAAGAGGGGUCAAUGAGUGCACUUCUUCUGUGACAAAGAAGACCACAUGCAAGUUCAUAAUGAAAAGUUUUAGUAAACUUUUUGUACAUUCCAAAAAUAGGAAAUGUAAAUUUAGGAGCAGGUUUUGGUUUACAAGUCUAAUGUAUCAAAGUUGGCAUAGGGCAACAGGAGGUGUUGCAGUUCUGUAGCAUACUGCUACUGAUUGAGCCAGAUAGGCUUUUAUGAAGAUUUGUAAAGUAUAGUUCUUUAAUAGUAGGAACUCAGUUGGAGCUUCAAUUUUUGGAAUAAGUGCCACACUGGGUAGUUUUACCAUGCAGGACUGUUGGAGUAAAAGCAUAAUUAUAUGUCCAGUUUUAUUAGCGUAAGGAGGAGAGUUAACAAUGAUGGUAAAAUGAGAUCUAAACAUUUAAACCUGAAACUGAUAUUAACUUGAAUAACUGAAGGCAUCAAAUGGUGGGACUGACCUGCAAGUGAUUUAUUUCAUUUAGAACAGUGAUGUUUUGUGACUGAAUUGUAGACUGGCUGUAGACUUCAAGCUGAGCCAAGUGCACUCAGGAAAGCAGAUGAGAUGGUUCUAAAACACUCCCAAUACACUUUCUGGGGAUAUUUUCUUGCCAAGGUGCUUCAAAGGAGUGAGAAAAUGGAGAUUACAUUGCUGAGAAAUUCAGGUGAAAAUCUAAAACCAUGUUCUAAAAUGGCACCGGGCAUUGUGAUAUUUCAUAUGCUCUAAAUGUGGAAUCAGUGGUCACUGUCUUUGUCUUGGUGUUUGGAAAUGCUGUCUAAGUUGCAAACUUCCUGUUUGUCUUUAUAGAAUCAGUGCUAACAUCACUCAGUCAAGGUGUAGGAAAGAUGAGUAUAGACAUUGUCAGAGGCCAUCUAAUAUUUGGGCAGACCUUUCUUGAUGGAUACACCAAUGGGGGGGAUCAUUGUCUUUAUACAGAUGAAAUGCUUUUAGGUGGCUGAGUCUGUUACAGUACUGGCCUUGAAACACAGACAUUGGUAAGACUAUGCCAAAGAGCUAAUUUAUGUUAUUUUACAGAGAAAAUGUAAGUUCUGUGAGUUGUGAAUUCUGUAAGAGAUGUGGAUUGCUAUCUACAAGGCAACUGCUAGCAGUCAAUGCGCUUCUAUAUUUCAUUGUUCUUGUUUCAGAGUGAGAAUUCACUUUAAGUUUUGUGAAGGAAGGUGAGCAUUGUCCUAUGUAAAUAAUAUUAACUGUUCAGUUUUCACCAGUUGAUUAGUUAAUUUAAACUUUUUUUAAGGAAGUGUGACAUUUAUAUCUAAUCCAUCCUUUAUAAAUAAAGUUCAUGCUGCAUGAA